AUGCAAAACGAUUGGAUUAAGUGCAUCAGACAGGAAAUAAAUGAUUUCAAAUGGCUUCCAUCAAAAAAUGCAAGAAUAUGCAGUGACCAUUUCUGUAAUAAAGAUUAUAAGGGUUAUGAUGGAGAAAGGAAGGUAAUGCUGAAGAAAGCAUUCCCAUGUUUUCAAAAAGGGCAUAAUGACAUUGUGAAUAGGACUGGGAUCAUCACCAUCAUACCAAUCACCAUUCCAAGUAGAGUCAAUUUUAUAUUAAUGCUUAACAAGUUGGACAAAUUGUACUUUGAUAGGAAAUUUCCAAAAGAAUUAAAAAUAGAUCAAAAACAUAGAUAA